UAAAUUGUGACUUUUGAACAGGAAGUUUCCGUGUCAUCUGUAGCAGGAGCAUUUUCUCGGGUCCUUGAAAGUCCUGCUGUGUCUGUGUGGUCCUGGUGAAAAUGUCCGCGAUAAUUCCUCGUAUCGAACAGCUGUCAUCGAGGGUUGUUCGUGUUUUGGGCUGUAACCCGGGGCCCAUGACACUGCAGGGCACCAACACGUACCUGGUCGGGACAGGCAAGAGGCGAGUGUUAAUUGAUGCAGGCGAGCGCUCGGUCCCGGAGUAUAUUGUCAACCUGCGCGAGGCUCUGAAGCAGCAGGAGACGUCCAUACAGCACAUUAUAGUCACACACUGGCAUCACGACCACACUGGAGGAGUGCCGGAUAUACUCACAAACUUCCACACAGAUUCAGAGCUGAAGGUCAGUAAACUCCCUCGGUGUCCUCCACAGGAAGAAGCGAUUGGAGACCAAAAGAAGAAAUAUUCAUAUCUUGGUGAUGGUGAUGUGAUAAAGGCUGAAGGGGCAACAUUACGGGUGCUGUUUACUCCCGGACACACAGAUGAUCACAUGGCAUUAUUCCUGGAGGAGGAGCAAGCUGUGUUUUCAGGUGACUGUAUUCUUGGAGAGGGAACGGCUGUGUUUGAGGACCUCCAUGAUUACAUGAAGUCACUGCAGAAGCUCCUCAGCGUGAAGGCUGACCUCAUAUAUCCAGGUCACGGUCCAGUGGUCCAAGAUGCUUCUUCUAAGAUAUGUGAGUAUAUAACUCACCGCAAUGCAAGAGAACAGCAGAUCCUAAACGUUCUGCAGGAGAACAACAGAACUGCGUUCACCUCCUGCGAACUGGUUAAAGUGGUGUACAAGGAGACCCCAGAACACCUGCACAGAGCUGCAGAGUUUAACUUGCUGCACCAUUUAAAGAAACUCCACAAGGAAGGAAAGAUCUGUCUGGCUGAAAGCUCAAAUGAAAAGAAAUGGAAGAUCAAUUUGUGACAGUUUUUUACCCCACACACUCAUCACCUACAGAGACUAAUAGGGCUGUCCCUGUGAAGUGAGAUGGACUUAAGGGGACACUGGGACUAGUCACUUUUUCAAAUGUUGAACUUCUGUGAAAACCUGCUCUGAUAGGAGGCUAUUUACAUUUAUUUAGCAGACCCAUUCUUCCAAAUUGCCUUAACAAAUGACCACGUUCGAAAACAAGAAUAAAUCAUGCAACACAAAACAAUUCAUGAACUGGAAAAAAUUUAACAACCCUUGUAAUCCAGUGAAAUUUAAUUGUUGUCCUGGAUGUAUACUAGCAUCUGAUGAAUGUAGCAUCAUAUAAAGACAAUGAUGAAGAUGAUAGUAUCGUCUAUCGCUGACGCUGAUGCCUUCAACGAUAUCAAGAUGAUUAUUACCGGUAUUAUUUUUAUCAUCAUUAUGUGAUGCUAUCGAAUUAAUAUAAGGCUUUAUUUUUUCCAUCAUAUUUCUUUUUACGUGUUAGUGUUGCACAUUAUAACCAAUCAUGAUGAACCAAGAGUCAUUGCUGAAACACCUGAGUUUUGUUCAGUGUGCGUGUUUGCUGACUGAAUUCUGCUCUCUCGCAAAUCCUCUUAUCAUAAACAAUAAAGUGUAGCUGUACGUGUGCGAUGUAAGUAUGAGAUAUUAAUCAUCAUACAGUAUAGACAGCUUCACUGAUUAUAAAAGGAGUGUUGCUUAAAGUGCAUGAACUCGCGCUAGUCAGAGAUGUUUUUUGUUAAUGUUAAUAUUUUUUGCUUGUUUUCUAUGGCUGCUGUUUGAAUAACCUGAGGAAAUGUAAGCAUUAUAAUUAGUAACUUACAGUGUUUCCAUUAAGCUGUGAUCAUGUUAAAUACAAAUCAUAUUCAAAAUAUUUUAUGAUAGAUUACACUAACAUUAGACUGCUUUUAAACUUAUCCUGGAGUUGAAUCACUCUCCGGGUAUGAAACUAAGUAAAUAAUUAAAUUAAAGCGAUAAUAUUGUGUAUUGUCAAUCUUCCAGGCUGACAAUAGGACAACAUGCCGCCCAACACUAGUAUGAGCAUCAGUCAACAAAAAUGUAUUUAUUCCAUGAGAGGAACAUGUAAGUGUAAAAUAAAGCAGCAUUUAUGAGGCUAAUUAUAUAACUGGAAUAGCAAAUCGGUGUAAAUGAUUCUAAACAUAUUUUUCAAAAGUACAAUUUGUUUACCUUUCUAUACCUGUAAUUAUUUAAUCAGAGAAAAAUAACAAGUGCACCUUUAAUGUGUAACAUUUUAUCAUUUUAAAUGCUGUACACCCCCCUUU